AUCUAGAAUUAGAUAAUUCAGUUUUAAUAUUAAAUGGUCUUGGAAAAGCCAUCAACACGACAAUUGAUGUUGCAUUGAAACUUCAGGAAAAAUUUCACAACACAAUCAAAUUGGAUAUACAAACUUCUACAGCUGAUAUAAAAGAUAUUUUGGAGCCACUAAAUGAAGAUGAUGAUUAUGAAGCGAGAACACGAUCACUAUCUUCUAUACAUAUAAAAAUAACUAAAUAAAAUGUUAUUCGCAUUGCAAGAGUUGGUGAGAUGGUUGGGGCUGACGGUCUUCGAAAUGUUGGUGCAUCUUAUUGCCCUGUUGGUUUUUACAGUUUUUUUGGCACUACGAUUAGAUGAUGUCGCUUUUGCAUCAACUAUACCCGGUUCCUAUGAUAUAUGGAUAGUGUUUUCACCAUUAUUUGUAGCAGACGCGCUAUGCACAUACUUUAAUAUCAUUGUUUUGAUACGUCUCUACAUUGAAGGCCACAUCAAAGAAGCUGUUACAAGAACUGUAUGGUCAUCAGCCUUAUUGUUUGUGUGGUCUUUAUUUAAAGUGUUACUUUGCAGAAGACUAGCAGGGCUUUCAAAUCUGGAUUAUUCAGAAAUUAUGUCGCCCAUAUUCAUUGUGUUACAACUCAUUGCCAUACGUGCAUGUCAGCUACACUAAAAACAUAAAAUAUAUGCCCUUGUAAAUUUAAAAUAUAAAUAAACAAUUUUUUUUACUUUA